AUGGAUAUUGAACUUGAAAUUGCAAAAAACACAGAAUAUAAAAGAUUAAGUAAAUUAUCACCAGUAGGAAAAGUUUUAAUUUAUGGUACAGGUGGAUUAGCGAUCGGAGUAAGUGUUAUAUGUAUACCGUUCGUGUCGCCGGCCUUUAGAAAAUUUUGUUUACCUUAUGUACCAGCCACCACAGAACAAUUGUUGGGUGUAUGUCAUGCCCUAAAAGGUCGUAGUGGAAGACUCUUGGAUGUGGGUUCUGGUGAUGGUAGAAUAGUGUUCACAGCAGCAAAAUUAGGUUUCAAGGCUGUUGGAGUUGAGUUGAAUCCAAUUUUGGUACUUUACUCCAGAAUAUCAGCUCUUUUAAACAAACAAUAUAAUGAGACUAGAUUCUACAGAAAGAAUCUAUGGACUUUCAAUUUGUUACCCUACAACAACAUAGUGAUUUUUGGUGUUGAGCAAAUGAUGAUGGAAUUUGAGAAAAAGUUAUUGCAAGAAGCUAGUGACGGUACAGUUGUGGUGGCUUGUAGAUUUCCGUUACCAAAUAUGGUGCCUAUAGAGACUAUAGGACAUGGUGUGGACACAGUGUGGAAAUAUGAAAUUAAAAAAUAA